AUGUACCGCUAUUUAUGCGCCCAAGUAGAGAAAUACAAAGGACAAGUUAGCAGUAGUUUAGAAGGAAAGAUGAAAGAAAAGAAGGUGGAAGAGAUAAGGGUAUUUAGAAAGGAGGUAAAACCAGCUAAAGAUGAAAUAGUAGCAAGUGGAAAAGUGGAAGAAGGAAAAUGUACUACAAAGAGUACGUUGGCUGACAGUGAUGAGGAUUACUCUAUCAUAACAUUGUGCACAAAAUGUUUAUCAAAGAAAACAGAAGAGAAUAAGAAUAAAACAAUAUUGGACAGUAAAGCUUUUAAGGAUAACCGACUUAAAGGUCGUUGCAGUGUAAGUAACACAUCUGAUCCAUUAUCUCAUCAUUUAAAUUUAUCCCCCUAUUUUGAUAGAUCCCAAAUAGUUCAAGAAAUAAUUCUUAUGAACAAUAACGAAUUAUCAGAUGUAUAUGAACUAGACAGGUAUAAAUUAGGUAAAGGAUCAUAUGGUAAUGUAGUAAAAGCUGUUAGUAAGAAAACAGGACAACAAAGAGCUAUUAAAAUAAUUGAAAAAAAAAAAAUACAUAAUAUAGAAAGAUUAAAAAGGGAAAUAUUAAUAAUGAAACAAAUGGAUCAUCCAAAUAUUAUAAAGUUGUAUGAAGUAUAUGAAGAUAAUGAAAAAUUGUAUUUAGUAUUAGAAUUAUGUACAGGUGGAGAGCUAUUUGAUAAAAUUGUAAAAUAUGGAAAUUUCUCAGAAUAUGAAGCAUAUAAAAUAAUGAAGCAAAUAUUUUCUGCUUUAUAUUAUUGCCAUGGAAAAAAUAUAAUGCAUAGAGAUUUAAAACCAGAAAAUAUUUUAUAUGUAGAUAGCUCUGAAGAUUCCCCUAUACAAAUAAUUGAUUGGGGAUUUGCUAGUAAAUGCAUGAACAAUCAUAACUUAAAAUCUGUAGUUGGAACUCCUUAUUAUAUUGCUCCAGAAAUACUAAAAGGAAAAUAUGAUAAAAGAUGCGAUAUAUGGAGUAGUGGAGUUAUUAUGUAUAUCUUAUUAUGUGGAUACCCGCCAUUUAAUGGUAAAAAUAAUGAUGAAAUAUUAAAGAAAGUAAAAAAAGGGGAAUUUGUAUUUGAUGCUAAUUAUUGGUCUAGAGUUAGUGAUGAUGCUAAAGAUUUAAUAUGUGAAUGUUUAAAUUACAAUUAUAAAGACAGAAUAGAUGUUGAAGGUGUUGUAAAUCAUAAGUGGUUUAAAAAAUUUAAAACAAAUAAUAUUUCUAUUAAUAAAAAUUUAAAUAGAACAUUAAUAGAAAAAUUUAAAGAAUUCCAUAAAUUGUGUAAAAUUAAAAAAUUAGCUGUCACAUGUAUUGCUUAUCAAUUAAAUGAAAAAGAUAUAGGAAAAUUGAAAAAAACUUUUGAAGCUUUUGAUUAUAAUGGAGAUGGUGUAUUAACAAUAUCAGAAAUUUUCCAAUGUCUAAAAGUUAAUGAUACUGAAUUAGAUAGAGAAUUAUAUUUCUUACUAAAACAACUAGACACGGAUGGUAAUGGUUUAAUUGAUUAUACAGAAUUUUUAGCUGCUUGUAUUGAUCACAGCUUAUUUCAACAAGAUGUGAUUUGUAGAAAUGCUUUUAACGUUUUUGAUCUUGAUGGAGAUGGAGUUAUUACAAAAGAGGAGUUAUACAAAAUUUUAUCCUUUAGCGCUGUUCAAGUUUCAUUUAGUAAGGAAAUUAUUGAAAAUUUGAUAAAAGAGGUCGAUUCCAAUAAUGAUGGGUACAUUGACUACGAGGAAUUUUACAAAAUGAUGACAGGUGCUAAGGAGUAA